AUGCUUCCCGGAGUGGAUACCCACCCCCACCAACACUGUGUCUCCUCUCUUUUUCUUUCCCGCGCUGGCUCCACCGUCUUGGUGCGCUCAGGAGCUGGCGACCUGACAGGCGACCCCGUUGGGUACAUAACGGGCGUGCUGGCGGUGUUGGUGCACGCAGCCUACCUGGUGCUGAUCCAGAAGGCGAGCACAGACACGGAACACGGGCCUCUCACCGCACAGUAUGUCAUUGCGGUCUCGGCCACCCCUCUACUGGUCAUCUUCUCCUUCGCCAGCACCGACUCCAUCCACGCCUGGACUUUCCCAGGCUGGAAGGAUCCGGCCAUGGUUUCCAUCUUUGUGGCCUGUAUCCUGAUCGGCUGUGCCAUGAACUUCACCACACUGCACUGCACCUACAUCAACUCUGCAGUGACCACCAGCUUCGUGGGCGUGGUGAAGAGCAUAGCCACUAUCACGGUGGGCAUGGUGGCCUUCAGCGACGUGGAGCCCACCUCUCUGUUUAUUGCCGGAGUCGUGGUGAACACCCUGGGCUCCAUCAUUUACUGUGUGGCCAAAUUCGUGGAGACCAGAAGGCAAAGCAACUACGAGAAUUUGGAAUCUCAGGCAGCAGGAGAGGAACCACAACCAAGUGGGGACCAGCUGCCUUUUGCCAUGGAGGAGCUGCCCUCUGAGGGUGGAAAUAGCUGGCAAGAGGGUGCACAAGGGGCAGGUGGCUCAGUACAGCAAGGUGGGCAGGAGGCAAGGGGCAGCCCCAGAGGCGUCUCUCUGGUGUCUGGGAGCUCACGAAUAGAAGAGCAUUCUGAUGACGUGGGUAGGAGAUCUCUGAAGGAUGCUUACUUGGACGUAUGGCGGUUGGUUAGGGGAACUAAGUACAUGAAGAAGGAUUAUUUGGUAGAAAAUGAGGAGUUACCCAGUCCUUGA